UCGUCUCAGAUGCUCGAUCUGUUUCGACAUAGUGGCUGGGCCCCCUUUGGAGACCGUGGCUGUCGAUCGGGCUCCUGCUGGAGAAUCUGCUCAGAUGGGGCGCAUGCCUGGGCGCUCGCCGAUUCUUUUGGGCGCAUUGUUGUCUGCAGGGAUCAGACCAAUCAGCCUGUUUCACGUCCGCUCAGGCUCUGACUGGUUAUUCACUCAAUGAUCGCCGAUCACUCCCUACAUCGCUCAUAUCAUAUAAUCUCGGCAUUCUCGGUUUAUCAUAAGGCGCUUUACAUCGACGCAGUGAACUUCACACUCCAUCCCGCCCACGAUCCCUGACUACUAUUACGAUUCUCCGGCGCUUGCACCCUACGUACCAUGUAUGCCGAUCAACUACAUAUCACAGACACUGUCUGCUACUUCUCGAUACCAUUAUUAGAACCAAACUCCCACUUCUCUUCGGAAACUCCAAGCACAUCACCAGUCUUUGAGUUUACUUCAUCAACAACACCUGAUCCAAUCAACCCUUUGCUGGCCUAUCGAUCAGCACGUGCGCUUAUGUCGAGCCCUAUUGACGCCUCGCGUCUACUUCAACUACAAACAGACGCUGCCCACCGUCCAUCUCCUGAGCCACUUCAAUCGAGUGCUUCUUCUAUCUCCAGCAACAACUCAUCCUCCUCCUCUUCCAGCUCAGGCUCCAACUCCAACAUGCCUUCACCAAGAAGCAGCAUAUCCUCAUCACCAGCGCCUUGCUGCUGCCGCUGUCGCCGCGAGCAUGGUCAUUCAUCCAUGUUUCAAUUCGGCACCAACCUGUACUACUGCGGCCACUGCGCGAAGAUGACUGGCUACAGUGUUGGAUGAAGAGCACAAUACAACCAUUUGGAUUUAGCAGCGAACACACACUUACCAACUGCCUAAUACUCACCGACCGAGUUAUGACGGCAUAUUUUCGGACGAAAUGACUACCAUAACGCCCAUACACAGACAGAAAUGUCACUCCGCAUCGUCACUUUACAGCCGGCUCGCAAGUUGCAGCUAUGGCAUUCGGAGUUAUCAGACCAACAACCCGUAAAGGGUCAUGUUCCGGAUUCACGGAUGGUCAGCGCGUUGAUAAUGCUACUUAGCAUGUGGUGGAGGGAGAGGAAGGACUAGGAAGGGAUUGGGCCAAACCAUGGGGUUGGCGGAGUCGGAAGGAAGCAGGUCUUCAUGAUUGUCAUAUUGAGACAGCUGGUCUGGUGAUUAGUUAAGACUAUGAUACCCCGUUACGAUAAGCAUUGAAUAUAUUAUUAUAUCCACUCUAU